AUGACGGAGGGCACGUAUCUGCGCCGAAGAGGGGGACCCUAUAAAACGGAACCUGCCACUGACCUCAGCCGCUGGCGCCUCAGCAAUGAAGAAGGAAGACAGAGAUGGAAGUAUUUCCAAGAAGAUGAAAACCCUGGCCGAGUGCAGACAGGCCUAGAAGCCCACUCACUGGGACUGGACACGAGCAGUUUCUUCAAGGACUUGCCCAAAGCUCACACGGCACAGGAUGGGGCUCUGAAUGGGAUGACUUUUUAUGCAGGGCUGCAGGCUGAGGACGGCCACUGGGCAGGUGAUUACGGUGGCCCACUCUUCCUCCUGCCAGGCCUCCUGAUCACAUGCCGUGUGGCUAACAUCCCACUGCUGCCUGGAAACAGAGAAGAGAUGAUUCGGUACCUGCGGUCGGUGCAGCUUCCUGAUGGCGGCUGGGGCCUGCACAUUGAGGACAAGUCAACAGUGCUUGGGACAGCCCUUAGCUACGUGGCUCUAAGGAUCUUGGGCUUAGGGCCUGACCAACCUGACCUAGUGCGAGCCCGGAAUUUGCUUCAUAAGAAAGGUGGUGCGACACACAUUCCCUCCUGGGGCAAGUUCUGGCUGGCCGUGCUGAACGUGUAUAGCUGGGAAGGCCUUAACAGCCUGUUUCCGGAGAUGUGGUUGUUUCCUGAGUGGAUGCCUGCACAUCCGUCCACCAUCUGGUGCCACUGCCGGCAGGUCUACCUGCCCAUGAGCUACUGCUUUGCCACAAAGCUGAGCUGUGCUGCUGAGGACCCUCUUGUGCAGAGCCUGCGGCAGGAGCUCUAUGUGGAGGACUAUGCCAGCAUUGACUGGCCGGCACAGAGGAACCAGGUGGCACCCGAAGACUUGUACACACCGCACAGCUGGCUGCUCGACAUCAUGUUUGCACUGCUUAACCUGUAUGAGCGUUACCACAGCACCAGCCUGCGGCAGUGCACCAUCCAGAGGCUGUACCAACACAUCGCAGCUGAUGACCGCUUCACCAAGAGCAUCAGCAUCGGCCCGAUCUCCAAGACGAUCAACAUGCUCGUACGCUGGCAUGUGGAUGGCCCAGCCUCUCCUGCCUUCCAGGAGCACGUGGAUAGGAUCCCUGACUAUCUCUGGCUAGGACUCGAUGGCAUGAAGAUGCAGGGCACCAAUGGCUCACAGGUCUGGGACACGUCAUUUGCCAUCCAAGCCUUCCUGGAGGCUGGUGCACAUCACAGACCAGAGUUCGCAUCCUGUCUGAAACAAGCACAUGAAUUCCUCCGAAUCUCACAGGUACCGGACAACCCCCCUGACUACCAGAAAUAUUACCGCCAGAUGAACAAGGGCGGCUUCCCCUUCAGCACGCGGGACUGUGGCUGGACUGUUGCUGACUGCACAGCUGAGGGACUCAAGUCUGUGCUCCUCCUGCAGGAACAGUGUCCCUUUAUCACUGAGCAUGUGCCCCGAGAGAGGCUGUAUGAUGCAGUCGCUGUGUUGCUGAGCAUGAGGAAUCCUGAUGGAGGCUUUGCCACCUAUGAGACCAAGCGUGGAGGGUACUUGCUGGAGCUGCUGAACCCCUCAGAGGUCUUCGGGGACAUUAUGAUCGACUAUACAUAUGUGGAGUGCACCUCAGCGGUGAUGCAAGCACUGAAGCAUUUCUACAAGCACUUCCCGGAUCACAGAGCAGGCGAGGUCAGGGAGACUCUGGAGCAGGGCCUGGAGUUCUGUCGGCGGAAACAGAGAGCUGAUGGUUCUUGGGAAGGGUCCUGGGGGGUCUGCUUCACGUACGGCAUGUGGUUUGGACUGGAAGCAUUUGCUUGCAUGGGACAGAUAUACAAAGAUGGAACGGCCUGUGUGGAGGUUACCCGGGCCUGUGACUUCCUGCUGUCCAGGCAGAUGGAGGAUGGCGGCUGGGGCGAGGACUUUGAGUCCUGUGAGCAGCGACGCUAUGUGCAGAGCGCCCAGUCCCAGGUCCACUGCACAUGCUGGGCCCUGCUGGGACUGAUGGCUGUCAGGCAUCCCAGAGUCGAGGCAAUUGAGAAGGGCAUUCAGUGUCUGCUUCGAAAACAGCUCUCCAAUGGUGACUGGCUCCAGGAAAAUAUCUCCGGGGUCUUCAAUAAGUCCUGCGCCAUCAGCUACACAUCCUACAGGAACAUCUUUCCCAUCUGGACUCUGGGUCGCUUCUCCCACCAGUAUCCCCAGAGCACCCUCGCCAGACCCCACUGA